AGAAAUCUAUGACGGUCGCUAGAGUGAACGGGAAAGGCAGGUCGAUAACAACAGUAAUACGUCGCGGUGGUGAUAGUUUAGUGAUGGAGCGAAAAUGACGGACAUAAUUAAGGCUGUUAGAGAAGAAAACCUUGAAGAGGUUCAACAAUUGUUAGAAUCAGAUUCGGAUGUUAAGGGCGUCGAUGAACAUGGUCGUACAGCUCUUCACUAUUGCGCCGAAUCUUCUAAAACAGAUAUAGCUAAACUACUGCUGGAGAAGGAUGCUACGAUUGCUAAUUGUCGGGAUAAGGAUGACGGAUAUACGCCUCUCCACCUGGCCGUUAUAUCGUCAAAUAUCGAGUUAAUAAAAUGUCUUAUUUCCUAUAAAGCUGACCCAAAUAUUCUUGAUAAUGAAAGUCAUAGUACUAUGCACUGGGCUUCAGUUUGCGGCCAGGAUGAAGUUAUUACACUUUUAAUGGAGGCCGGUGCCAAUCCUAAUUCCAAAGACGCGUUUGGUGCCACACCCCUUCACUAUGCGGCUCAAUUGUGCUCUAACAAAACUGAAAAUGAUGAUAUCGAGUCUGCUAAGGGAAUCCUUGAAAAAUUUUUGGGAUAUGACUGUGAAGUGGACUCACAAGACGAAACCGGUCGUUCCGCUUUACUUUGGGCUGCCUGCGUUGGUACCCAGCACGCUUGUAAAAUGCUCAUCGAUAAAGGAGCAAAUGUCAAUUUUUCCGAUAAUGAUGGAUUAAGUGCUUUACAUUGUGCAGCUUCGCAGGGCUUUGAAGAAGUUAUUAACUUUUUAGCUGGUUCAGCAAAAGUAGACGCCGAAGAUAAAAAUGGUUGUACACCCUUAUAUUAUGCUGUCAGCCAUGGGCACGUAAAGGCUACUAAGGCUCUACUAGAGAAUGGUGCUAAUCCUUCACAAACUGAUUUCAAAGGAAGAAGUCCAGCACAUUGUGCAGCUUCAAAAGGUCAUUUGGAUUGUUUAAAAGUGUUACAAGAGUUCAAGGGAGACUUAUGGUUGCCAAACAGAAAGCAAGAACGAGCCAUCCAUGAGGCUUGCUUGGAAGGCCAUAAUGAAAUUGUCGACUAUUUAUUAUCGGUUGCUAAAGAUAAGGAGAGUGUAAAUAAAGCAAAUGCUGACGGCCGAACGUGCCUUCACAUUGCCACAUUGACAAAUAACAUAGAUUUGUGUAAACUGUUGGUUGAUAAGGACGCUGAUUUGGAUGUAAUUUAUGAGAUUAAGGACAGAUCGUUGAAACCAUAUGAUAUAGCCGUUUACAAGAAACAUUUUAAAUGUGCUGAAAUUGUUAAGCCACAGAUUAAAAAGGCAGAUGAUGACAAAAAUGAUGAAAACAAAGACGAGGCGGAGGAAGAAAUAAAGAAUGAUUCUAAACCUGAAGAAAUUGAAAGUAAAGCAAAUGUUAGUGAAGAAACUGAGCAAAUAUCGGAGGAUACGCCUGAAGAGAAGAAAGAAGAGUUUCAAACAGAUGACAAUAAAACUAUAGAACAACCCGAUGAGAAACCAAUAGAUGAAGAGAAGACAGCUGAAUCAAAUCUUGAAUCAACACAUCCAGAGGAAUCAAAUGCUGAAAAGGAAAAACUUGAAGAAAAUACUACUGAAUCAAAUAGUGAAUUAAAACAAACUAAUUCUGAAGAGGCAGAAGUGAAUGAGCCAAAAUCAGAGAAGAAGGUCGACGAUACAAAAUCCGCAGGUUCAGCCGAAGAGAAAGAUACUGAUAUUGAAAAGGAAGAAGAUAGCAAGGUUGAAGCGAAAGUAUCGAAUGAUAGUGAAAGAGAAGCAGGAACUGCUGAAGUCACUAGGGUUGAAACAACCUCUUCGGAAGAUAAUAAGGUAGAAUCAAAAACCUCGGAAGAUAAUAUAGUAGCAGCAAAGACAUCGGAAGAUAACAAGGUAGAAGCAAAGACAUCGGAGGAUAACAAGGUAGAGGCAAAGACAUCGGAAGAUAACAAUAUAGAAUCAAAGACAUCGAAAGAUAACAAGGUAGAAGCAAAGACAUCGGAGGAUAACAAGGUAGAGGCAAAGACAUCGGAAGAUAACAAGGUAGAAGCAAAGGCAUCAGAAGAUAAUAAUGUUGAAGCAAAAACUUCGGAAGAUAACAAGGCUGAAGCAAAAACAUCGAAUGAAGUUAAACCUACAGAAAGUAAUCAAGUCGAAACAAAUAAAUCAGCUAACAAAGAAGGUUCAAUCAAGUCGAGUGAAAUGAAGACAGAAGAUCAAAGUAAAGCAAAUGAGGAUAAGCUAUCUAGUCAAAGUGGUGAACAUAAACCUGCAGAGCAGAGAAAUAAUCAAGCAAAUUUGACUCAGGAAACUGAAAGACUUGAAACUGACAAAAAGUCAGCAUCAAAAACUACUGUUGGUAACGGUGAUAAUAGCAAAAGCAGUAAUAAUCCAAAGAGAGAAACUUUUCCAAUAUCAGUUCCCGUUCCUAUCCCUCCCGUCUCUACAUAUAGUGACAAAAAGCGCAGAGAUACUCGAGCUCCUAGUCGAAGAGCAUCAUCUAGAGCUAAACCAAUUGAAAAACAGAAAUCUUCUGUUACUGAAAAGAAAUCAAGUAGUCCUUCUAAACCUGCAGUUCAAAAACGACCAACCGAAGCAGUUAAAAGCCCUAAUAAGAACAAUUCUCAAUUCACAAGAGAAUCUACAAAAUCUAAAAUACCAGCAGCUGUUGCGACAGACAAGUCACAAGAUGAAAAAGUCAAUUCAAGCCCCAAGCCUAUGACUUCGCAUUCAAGUGAAAAAACAGAGUCAAAAAUACCCAAUGGUCAGAUUGGAACACCCAUCAAGACAAUUGGAAAUAAGUCAGCUCAAGAAUCUGAAAACAACCAAAGUAGCCCAGAGCAAACAAAUCAAAACGUGACAGAAAACAUUUCACCAGCCGAGAAAGCACAGACUACUGUCAAAGAAACUAAAGUUGAAAAUAAAAAUGAAAAGAAAGAGGAAGUUAGUAGCGAAGCAGUAAUUUCCACAACACAUCUAGAAGAACAAAGUUCCCAAGUGAAGUCGCAAAAUAAUCAGGAAGAUAAUCGUCCAAAUAGCGUUCAAGAGUCAAAAGCGGAAGCUGGUGUAGGCCAAAAUUCAAAGUCGAUUGGGGAAUCAGUCGUCGUUGAUAAACCCAAAGAUAAUAAUGAAACAAUCAAAAAGAAAAUGCAUGAAUCUUCAGUAUUAGAAGCAACUGCCGUGGCAGCUGCGGUUGUGAAUACUUCUCUUGAAGAAUCGCAUGUGAGCGAAGAAAAAGAAAUACCAAAAGAGGCUAGAGAAACUAAAAUUGUACAUAAUUCAAAAGCUGAAGAAGAAAGCAAUCCAAAGGAAACUAAAGAACCUGCAAAUGCUAAAGAAUCAAUUGUUAUCGACUCUAACGAUAAUCAAAAAACUGAACAUACGACAGAGUCCGAUAUUCGAGAUACAGAACGUGCCAAUGAGAAAAGUAACACGAAGAGAAAUGAUUUGAAAGAGGAGCAAGAUCCUAUUGUAGAAAAAAAGAAGCUCAAUCGUAAUAGCAAUAACCCAUCAGUUACUUUGGCAAAUGAUACAAAACGUGACGAAAAGGAGAAAAGUGACAAAAAACCGCAACACAUUAAUCGGUGGGAUAGAAGAGAAAUCAAUACAAAGGAAGAGUACAAUAAGAAGGUAACUAAACCAAUCAAUAAAGACAACCACGACGAAAAGAGUUCUACGUUUGAAUAUAAUAGACCUAUAUUAAAGAGAGAAACAACUGAUUAUAAGAAACAAAAUACUCCAGAUCGAAGAGAACUCUAUAGAAAUCGAACAGAUUUAAAAUCAAGAGAAAAACGACCGGAAACAGGAAAUCCGUACGAAUCUACUUUUAUACCGCCGAUGACCCCUUUGAGACGAGAAAAAACGCAGACGUUUUGUUCGAGAGAACCAACUAUUAUUGAAGAUGCUUCUCAACCACCGCCUCGUUUGAAUCGUGAACGGACAAACGGAAAUGUAUUCCAUAAGAGAUUACCUCUGGUCAGAAGUGACACGUCUCCCAAUUCUACUAGUAGUGAGGGAUCCGUUCGAAAUUUUCGUUUUAGAUACGUUCCUCUUCGCCCUAAGCGUUUGGAAGAAUCGCCUUAUAGACAAGUGGAAAAUCGACCAAAAACUGCACCUAGACCAGGAACGAGACAAGGUUCAAAAAUUCAUUCUAGACCCUCAACAGCUUCUUCAAAUUCCCAAAAACAAAAGUCAAGAAUAGGUUUAGAUCGGCCUAAAGUUGUCUACAAAAGAAUUGACAAUCAUAUACAAGAAGCGGUUAGACUAUUUGAGUUGAAAAAGUUGGCAACACAGGAGCUUAACCGAGCUAAGAGAUUAACUGUGUACAACCAAUAUAGAGGAAGUAUUACCAGUAAAACCAUUUUGAAGACUCUCAUGGAGAAUUAUAAUCAAAAAUCGAUUCCACGCUAUCGUACAACACAGAGCCAGUUUAGGGAUAUAAGAUCGUGGCAGGAUCAUCUAAAAGAUCAAUUAACACAAGUUAACCAAGAUGAAAAGGCUUACGAACAAGAAUUUGGGUGGAGACUCCAGCAUAGACCAUAUUCAACAAAAUGGUUAAUCUACACACCGAAUCAGGGAAAGACUAAAACUGAGAGUAGUCACUAA